AUAUGUUUCUAUUUUUAAAAUUCCAAAUUCCUUAUAUUUAUACGUGAACAUACAUACAAAAAAAUAUAUUUACAAUGGCAACGUUGUAGAAUACUGUAGAACCGGCAUUUUAGUUUUCUAUGCAUUUCAGUCCGAACUAUUUUAAGACAGUGUCAUAGAGAACAAGUGGAAUUCAUAAGGUUUAGAAAAUGGAACUAUUACAACUACAUUUACAAAGAAUAAAAGUUCCCACACAACAUGAUAAAGUCCACAAAGAUGAGUGUGUCUAUAGCUUUGAUAAUCCGGAGACACCCACUGGGUUAUAUGUCAGUUUGUCUACUUUCAUUGGAUUAGGUCAAGAUUAUGUUGAACAUUAUUAUUCAAGAACAGGAGAUGCAGUUUUCUUGCAUUUACGUAGAGAAAAAGAAGAGGUUUCCUCACCACAACAGGGAGAUGGUCCAGAAAAGAAAAUAACCAGGUUGGCAAUUGGAGUUGAAGGAGGAUUUAACACUGACUCUGGAAAAAAAUAUAAAUAUACAGAUAUCUACAAUGUAGUUGUCCUACCAAGUUUUACAACACUUGCCUGGCCAGAUAAUAAUUUGCCUGAAAUUGUUAAACAAUCAGUACAAGCUCUUUUGGAUCUACCAUCAGCUAGUAAACUUGCUGAACUGGAAGCACUGAGUGGCACCUGGGAUGGUGAAGCUAGAAUGGUGUCUAAAUAUGCAAGUAACCUUACCCAAUUGGACAAUGGGAUUAAAAUUUCUCCAUCUGGUUGGAAAUGUGAAAAGUGUGAUAAGACUGAAAACUUAUGGUUGAAUUUAACUGAUGGUUCUAUAUUAUGUGGUCGAAAAUUCUUUGAUGGUUCAGGUGGUAACAACCAUGCAGUAGAACAUUAUAACAACACCCAUCAUCCACUGGCUGUUAAAUUGGGAACUAUUACCAAAGAUGGUAAAGGGGAUGUCUUUAGUUAUCCUGAAGAUGACAUGGUGGAAGAUCCUAAUUUAAUUCAGCAUUUGGCACAUUGGGGUAUAAACAUUCAGAACAUGGAAAAAACUGAAAAGUCGAUGGUUGAACUUGAACUUGAGCUUAAUCAAAAAACAAAUGAAUGGGCAGCCAUUCAGGAAAGUGGUAUGCCUUUAAAACCAAUUUAUGGCCCUGGUUAUACAGGAAUGGCAAACAUGGGUAAUUCCUGUUAUUUGAACAGUGUGAUGCAGAUGCUUUUUAGGAUUCCCGAUUUCAUUAAAAAAUAUUACGACGGUCGUGAAGAAAUAAUCAACCAAUGCAGUGGUGAUCCCGCGGAAGACUUUAAUGUUCAAAUGUCCAAACUGGCGUUUGGGUUGUUGUCAGGAAAGUAUUCAAAUCCACCUCCAUCUGAAGAUGAAGAAUUGCCUGGUAUAUCUCCUUUUAUGUUUAAAAGUUUGAUUGGUCGCGGACAUCCGGAAUUUUCAACUAAAAAACAACAGGAUGUAGAAGAGUUUAUGUUACAUUUCCUCACAAUUCUUGAGCGAAACACGAAAAAUAGAGUCAAUCCUGGUGAAUGUUUUAAAUUUAAGGUGGAAGAAAGAUUUCAAUGUGGAUCUACCAAAAAAGUUAAAUAUUUAGAGAGAUCUGAACUUAUUCUGCCUUUGAUGAUACCAUUAGAAGCAGCAAUUAAUAAAGAAGAAGUGGCCGCCUAUGAAGCUAAAAAGGCUGAAGCAGAAGUCAGUGGUAAACGUUUGGAACCGGAGUCGCUAGUCAGACCAAAAAUUAAAUUUUUCUCCUGCUUGGAAUCUUUCUCCGAAUCGGAAGUAAUAAAUAAUUUUUAUAGUAGUGCUGCGGGACAAAAUGUUGUAGCGAGAAAAACAACACGAUUGGCCACGUUCCCAGAUUAUAUUCUGAUUCAGUUAAAGAAAUUCAUGCUUCGCGAGGACUGGGUACCUAUUAAACUCGACGUUUCUAUUGAGAUGCCUGAUGUACUGGAUUUAACACCUUUACGGGGAAAAGGACCUCAACCAGAUGAAGAAUUACUGCCAGAACCAGAAGUUCGUCCGCCUCCACCUGUGUUCGAUGAACGAAUGCUGUCUGAAUUAGUUGAUAUGGGUUUUCCACCAGAAGCUUGUAAACGGGCUCUAUUCUUCACCCAUAACAAUGGAGUGGAAGAAGCUGUACCAUGGUUGAUGAGACAUAUAACUGACUCAGACUUUGCUGACCCAUUUAUUCCACCAGGUACUGAAAGCAGUUCCUUCACACCAAAUCAAGAAGCCAUUGAAACACUUUCUUCUAUGGGCUUCACCAACGACCAAGCGAUAAAAGCACUGAAAGCUACUGAUAACAACGUAGAACGUGCUAUGGAUUGGAUUUUCUCGCAUCAAGAUGAACUGAAUGCAUCUAGUUCACCAAGUGGUGCUGUUCCUACUACCCCUGAGUUUAGAGAUGGAGAAGGAAAAUACAAAUUAGUUGGAUUUAUUUCUCAUAUGGGAACAUCCACGAUGGUCGGACAUUAUGUCGUUCAUUUGUUGAAGAAUGGACAAUGGGUUAUUUUUAAUGAUAAUAAAGUAGCAAAAUCUGAAAAUCCACCAAAGGAUUUAGGCUACUUGUAUUUGUACGAAAGACUUUAAUUAUUGUAUUUGUACUUUUUGUUUAUUUUUAUUAUUAAAUCAGAUUAUUCUA